GAAGCGUGCGGACGUGAGGCGAAGACAAACAGUUGAAUAAAGAAAGAUACAUGUAAAGAGCCAGAGCAGAGCCAAGAACAAAGUGAACGAACUCGAAUCUGUGCUGUGGCGUGUGUGUGCGUAACAAUAAGCAAAAGCUAAAGCAAAAGCAAAAGCAAAAGGCAACAAAGCAUUUAGUUAAUAUUCAAAGAAGAGAAAGUCAUUGAGUCAUCAGUCGAUUGCCCGCAAUUGUGCAAUUAUAAAAGAGAGACGAGACAAAGAGCAAUGGCAGUGGCCUUCUACAUACCCGACCAGGCGACUCUGCUGCGCAAGGCGGCGCAACAGGAGCAGGAGCUGCUGCGCCUACGCGACUCCCAGUGGCGCUUCCUGGCCACCGUCGUCCUCGAGACCCUACGCCAGUUCAUGGACAGCGCGGCCAGCCAGUGCCUGCCACGGUCCGGUGGCGGCCGCAAGUGCGGCAAGUACCGCAAGCCCUCGCAGUAAGCAGUAAGCGGAGCCGAAAGAGAGCCGUGGAGAGGAGCGCCAAAGCAGUAGCAGCAGCAGCAGCAGCAAUAGCAACAGCAAC